CUCCCAGCCCGGUCAGCGGGGCCGGGGGCUCCGGAGCGGCCGCAGCGCUCCGGCCCUCGCCGGCGGCACCGGGUCCCGGCUGGGGGGAAACACCGAGCCCCGCCCGGGGGGAGCGGCCGGCGCGUCCCGUCCCUGCCCGCGGACACUCCGGCAGAGAAGGGCUCGUGUUGCUGUGCCCAGGGCCGGUCGGUGCCGGGGGCUGCCAUGUAUCCCAGGAUCAGGAACCUCGCCCUUUACACCUUCUCCAUCACGCUGCUCGCCGGCGUGUUUUACCUGAGGAAAGAGGCAAAGCUAUCGGAAUCGUCAGAGAACCAGAAAAUGGAUGUAGUGAGUCACAAAGUGAAGUCUUUGGUUCUGGACAACGCCGAACCCACCAAGUGUCUGCCGAACUUGACCCUCGCCAAUUCUUCCCUGGCGCUCCCGGAGCUUCACCGCGUCUUCUUAACGUACAAGCACUGCCGGAGCUUCCCAGUCCUGCUGAAGCCUCCCAGGUGCAGCAAAGAGAUGUUCCUCUUGCUGGCCGUCAAGUCCUCCCCGAUCAACGUGGACCGGAGGGUGGCAAUCAGGAACACGUGGGGGAAGGAGAUCUCUAUCAGGGGCAAGAAUAUCAGGCUGGUGUUCCUUCUGGGGCGCUCAGAGGCCAAAACCCAGGUGCAGCCCCUGCACCAGCUGCUGGCUUACGAGAGCCAGGAGUUUGGUGACAUCUUGCAGUGGGAUUUCGUUGACAACUUCUUCAACUUGACCCUCAAGGAGCUGCAUUUCCUCCGCUGGUUCAUGGAGGACUGUCUGCAUGCCAGGUUUGUGCUGAAGGGCGAUGAUGACGUGUUCGUCAACACUUACAACAUCGUGGAGUUCCUCCAGGAGUUGGACCCUGAACAGGAUCUCUUUGUUGGGGACGUGAUCGCCAACGCCCGGCCCAUCAGGAACACCAAGGUCAAAUACUUUAUCCCAGAGGCCAUGUAUGGAGCCUCCUUUUAUCCUCACUAUGCAGGAGGAGGGGGGUAUGUGAUGUCUAGAGAGACAGUGCGUCGCCUCCAGAGCACCGCAGAGGACACGGAGCUCUUCCCGAUAGAUGACGUGUUUGUGGGAAUGUGUCUGGCGAAGAUGUCCGUGACCCCAAAGAACCAUGCUGGCUUUAAGACUUUUGGGAUCCAGAGACCUUUCAACGCUUUCGAUCCGUGCUUGUACAAAGGGCUGAUGGUUGUGCACAAGCUCAACCCCACGGAGAUGUGGAUCAUGUGGACGCUGGUGAGGGACGACAGCAUUCGGUGUGCGGUGUCGGUGGAAAAGGAGCUCCCGCUGAGCCCAGCGAGGUUGUGACUGGUGGCAGGCACAGGGUACUAAACUAAAAGUCAGGUUGUGGUAGAACCGUGUCCGUUACUAACAGACUGCGCUGGAGCCGUCAGGGUUUGGUUUGCAGUGAGUCAUUUUCUGUCGGGGGGUUGCUUGAAGCAGUUGAAUUGUCACAUGGUGGGGAUGGUGAGACACAGCACGGGGGACUUGGCUCAGCUCCUCCCAGGGAAGUCACAACUGCCACGGGAAUGUGAGUGAGGGGCCACCUGCUAUGGAGGCUCCACAACACCGAUGUCUGACCACCGGCCAAAUUCAGGCUCGUGUGGGGAGGCCAGUGAUGACUGACAAGUGACAGAGCACUUGAAAUUACUUGAAGGGAUGGGAGAAAGUCCAGUGUGUGCUGCUGGGUCCACUGUCCAGAGCAGCAAUCCCACAGCUCCUGCUGGACAGCAGGAGAAAGAGAGUGGAUAAGAAAAAUCCUCAAAAAUAUAUUGCCUUAACACAGCAGUGAUGAUGACCCAAAGGACUGGGCUCUGACUCAAGCCCUUUGCCUUUUAUGGAAGGUCAUUACAGGUUUACUUGCACUGGAAACUUUUGCACAAAGACUUUCUGAUCAGGUGUGAGAGGAGCAAUGUGUCUUGAAUAAUCACAGUGGUAGGAAGAGGGGCUGCAGCGUGUCAUGUUGUGUAGGAGGUGUUUGGUUUUUUGCUGUUGUAAUGGUGGGUACAAAUAAAAUACACUUUUGAAAAGUGUUUUUACAGGAAUAUUCUUGAGUCUCCUGAAAGCUAAGAGCCCUAAAAGCCAGGGAAGGCUGAGAUCUGGUGCUGGGUGUUUGCAUUCAGGAGUCAUUAUGCGGAAAUGCCACUUCCUUUCAAGUGAGCAGCUGCUGUUCUCUGCCCUGUCAAGAUGCGUUGACACGAAAGUGAUUCAUCUGAAUGUGCUGGAGCUGCUAAUUUGAGGAAAUAUCAAAUAUGGAACUAAGAUUUGGUGAUACUUCUGUGGAACUCCUCAGUGCCGGCGUGUCUUGCUGCUAGAGCAGAACUGGUGUGCUGUGUGUGAGCAAGGAAACAGCCUGGAAGCCUUAGGAAAAAAAAUAUAGUGGGUGGAGAGGAAGUGUGUGAUUACAGAAGCCAAAGCCAUUUGUGUUGUGCUGUUGUAAUUGCUGCCUCCGGUGCCAGCUGCCCACUGUUCACCCCACCAGAUGGGAGCUGCAGCUUUCAGAGGUGCCUGGGAAGCACUUCCAGGUUUUUGCUCGUGGGACAG